UUGAAGCAAAACAAAUUAUGUUGGUUCCCCGACGCGUUUGGAAACAGAGGGGCAGCAGAAGCUGACAUCACGAGAAGCAGUCCAUAGAACCCGAGUCACAGAGUCGAAGAUCCGAGUGACAUGUUUCACCGUCACCAUUUGUUUGCAAGCCUUCAUCGAGCGAACAGCUUUUUAGCCUCACAGCUUGAAGAAAUCAAACCUGAGGAGUAUUUUAAUGAGCCGGUUCGGAUAGAGAAGUGGACCAUGUCUGAACACGUCAGGAGCUGGGCCUCCACCCAGGAGCUCAUCGAGGAAGUCAACCACAUCCUGACGGAGAAGAGGGUGAAGCUCGACAACCUUGCCAAUGUUGAUAAUGACGUUGUAGAAGAGUUCCUCAAAGACUCCUCUACUCCUCUGUUACUGAAGCUUUGUCUUUCUCCCGUUAUCCCCGCUCCUCCACAGACGGGACAAUCUAACGAAGGUCCAGAGAGCUUGACGGGUUCAGGGAAUAAGGAGGAUUCAGAGCGCUCUGUCUCUGACGGCACGCACAAAGGAGAAUCUGACGGGAUCCUAGCAACGAAGAAGGAAGUGCUGGUUACCCUUGAUUGGGACUCUGUAGACGGCCUUCUUAGGGAGAUUUCAAGGAGAGACAAAGCUUCAGAGAGCUCUGCCUCCAUUAAGACGUUCUUGGAAGAAUUUAACGCCACCUUGCAAGAGGAGUUUGAAAACAAGGUCUGGACUUAUGGGGACACUAUGGAAGACCUUCCUAGGAAGGAGGUCCUCCUCCCACCUCCUCUUCCAUCACUACUCCUUCAUCCUCCUGCUCAUCCUCCAAACGUGAGCUUUGCUUUCCUAAAGUUCAGUGUCGACGCUGCCGUUCCGGUCAGACACAACGGAGACCAAGAGAAUGUCUUUGGGCCUCCAAUUCCGAUAGUUCUACCUCCAGCUCCUUCUGCCCCUCCUCCACCCUCCAUCCAGGUGAUCAAGGAGGAUGUCGACCGAAUCCCGGCAGAGAAUUUCAGCAUCGUGGUCCCCACUGCCUGGAACGUCAAGGAGGAAUUUCUUCCGGGAAAUGCGCUCCUUCUUCCUCCUCCUCCUUCUCCUCCCGUCUGGCUUGGUCCACCACAGCUCCACACUGAUACUUUGAUUCUGCACAGUUUACCCAUAGUCCGCCUACCUGAAGGGUUCAAGCUAGAACCAAUUGGAGUCCUAAAUGGAGAAAUCUUGUACGGAAUCGCUCCUCUGAAUGCUGGUAGAAGAAAGUCAAACCUCAGCACAUCGUCACGAGUCAGAGGCAAGCGGGAUGAUGGCCGACCGUACAUUAAAAAGCCACCAAACGCCUUCAUGCUUUUCCUGAAGGAGAUUAGACCAAAGGUGGUGUCUGAGCUCAAUAUCAGAGGAAGUGGUACGGUGACUAGAGUUGUGGGAGAAAUGUGGAACUGUUUGCCAGUCGAGGUGAAGGCCAAAUAUUUCCAGAAGGCCAGACUGGGACAAGAGCUCCACCGGCAGCAACACCCUGGCUGGUCCACCAAUGCUAACUAUGGCCAGAAGAGGAAAUGGGGGGAAAACGAGACCUCAGAGAGCAGCAGCAGUUCAGCCUGCCCUCCACAAUGCCCGUUCCAUUUCUCCAUCUCGUAGCCGCCCCAAGACCGUCAAGUGCCCAAAGCAGAGAACGAUUCAAGGGGGGCCCUCUUCUAUUUAUAGCAAA